AAGAUGGCGGCGCCGGCGGCGGCGGGGACCCGGGGCGGCGUGAGGCGGCGCUGCCAGCGGCUGCUCUACUGGGUGCCGGUGCUGUUCAUCUCCAGCAUCCUCUGCUGGUCCUACUACGCCUAUGUCACCCAGCUCUGCCUGCUAUCUAUGGCAAAUAUUGGAGAAAAAGUUGUGUGCCUGAUUGCCUAUCACCUAUUUUUCAUGCUGUUUGUCUGGUCUUACUGGAAAACAAUCUUUACGUUACCAAUGAAUCCUUCAAAAGAAUUCCAUCUGUCAUAUGCAGACAAAGAACUGCUGGAAAGGGAGCCUAGAGGUGAAGCCCAACAAGAAAUUUUUAGGCGAGCAGCCAAGGACCUUCCUAUCUAUACAAGGACAAUGUCUGGAGCAAUCAGGUACUGUGACAGAUGCCAACUUGUAAAACCAGACCGCUGCCAUCACUGUUCCGUGUGUGACAAAUGUAUUUUGAAAAUGGACCAUCAUUGCCCUUGGGUGAACAACUGCGUUGGAUUCUCCAAUUACAAAUUUUUCCUUCUUUUCUUGGCUUAUUCUCUACUGUACUGCCUUUUCAUUGCUGCAACAGAUUUACAGUAUUUUAUCAAAUUCUGGACAACUGGCCUUCCUGAUACUCAAGCCAAGUUCCAUAUCAUGUUUUUAUUCUUUGCUGCAGCCAUGUUUUCAGUCAGUUUAUCCUCUCUUUUUGGUUAUCAUUGUUGGCUAGUCAGCAAGAAUAAAUCUACAUUAGAGGCAUUCAGAGCACCUAUAUUUCGCCAUGGAACAGACAAGAAUGGCUUUAGCUUGGGCUUCAGCAAAAAUCUAAGACAGGUGUUUGGCGAUGAGAAGAAAUAUUGGCUGCUCCCUGUAUUUACAAGUCUAGGAGAUGGUUGCUCCUUCCCAACUUGUCUUGUUAACCAAGAUCCUGAACAAGUUUCCACACCUGUUGGACUUAAUUCAACAACCAAAAACGAGACUCACCUUUUUCCACCAAAGACGUUACGAGAUUCCCAGAGCCACCUUCUUACUGAUACUCAGUCUUGGACUGAAAGUAGUGCAAAUACCGAAAAGGGCAAAGUUGUCCCCAAAGGUAUGAGCAAUCCUGGACUAACCGUGGAAAAUGAAACCUAGUCACUGUUAAUAGAAGCAUCUAAAUAUUCAAGGAAAGUUCAAGGUAAAGCUGCUGAUGAAAGGAAGAUGCAUUCUUCCAAAAAUCAGCCCCCAUCAGCCAGCUGUUCCUGUCUGCUCCUGUGUGGAUAUGCUCAGAAGAAAUUGACAGCUGAUUAGCUGUUGCCAUGUCAUUGUUUGAAACAUAAGACAUACUGAUAUUUUUGAACUAUAUUAAGAAUGUUUCAACGUACACAAAUUACUGGUAAAAUGCUAAAGGACAUUUCUGAGUAUUAUGAGAGGAGAAAGAGAAUCCUUUCAUUAGGAUUAGCGGGACAAAAUUUACUAUUGUGAACAUUCUAGGGCUAGUUUUUACUUUGGUAUUCUGAUAGCACAAGAAAACGUAAACUCCUUACAUAUAGCCUAUCCAUGCUUUUACAUCAAUUUUGAAUCUUGAUAUUAUUUAUGGAUUUCAAUGGCCAUAAGUAGGUUAUUGGGGAAAAAAAUGAUAUAUUUUGUGCUCCUGGCUUUAUCCAUGGAAAAGCAUUAUCAGCAUUGAUUUUUGGUGAUUGAGUGGCUUACUGAUUGGUCAGGUACCAUAUUUUGAUUUCAGAUUCUGACUGAGUCAGCUAAUUUAUUAUUUAAAAUCAACCUAAGUGAAAUAGGUUGGAUCGUCUUAGACGAUUUUGGUAGACCUGAUUGCAAAUAGUAUCUCCCCUUCCCCUAUACAGAUAUGACUGCUGGAUUGUAAACACUUGAUUGCUGAAAUAACCUCUCACUUAACUGGAUUGUGUGCUUACAGUUCAGGUUAAUCUUCAUUCUUAGUAGAGUAGUAAGAAGAGGCCCAUAUUUGAGAUGGACUGUGUGUGUAAAUGGAAGUUAGGGCUUUCAGUUACAGCUGCACAGGAUGAUUUCUGUGAAAUUGGGAUUGUUGUGAUACAGCUUCUUAGUUUGGGCCAACACCUCUUUAGAAAAAUAAAAUGUUUGGAUUUCAUGUUACUUAGAAACAUUUUGACCAAAAAUGCUUAAUCUAACUUGUGGACUUUGAGAAGUACAUGGCCCAAGAACAUUAAUAUGCUUCUCAUGGCUUGGUAAUCAUUACAGACUAAUUAUUGAACAUAAGCUCUUUCCUUUCUCAGUUGUAUUUAAAAUGUUGCAACUUAAUGAUGUACCUACAAAGAGACUUUCAUUGUCAUAACAACAUGUAGUAUUUGCUCUAUUACAGGGACACUGGACAUCUGAUCACUCACAUCAAAAACCCAAACUUGUUUCCCAUAGAAAACCUUUUUACAGUGAAAGUAGAAAGGUGAUGCGUACAUAUUCAAUCAGAUAUUGAAUUUCAUAGGAUCAAAGUUUACCAGCCAGAUUUAAAAAAAGAAAGAAGUGUAUUGCUAGUUUCUGAAACCAAGGAAGUUUCAGUGACACAUCUUACUCUGUCUUGUGCCUUUAUAUGCACUACACUUACGGUAUUACAGAAUGUUUACACAAAAUGCAAAGUAUGUUAAUUGCAAAACCAUUUUAAAAAUUAACUUUCUCGUGGGUUAGCUAGAAAAAUUAAAAUAGGGAUCUUUAAAAUUGCACUUAAGACUAUGGGAUCAGGGAACAGUUGAGAAGCAAAUAGGGAAUUCAGCUCAAAACUCAGUUGAUGAUCAGAUUGGAUCACAGGAUCAUAUAAAACAGAAAGAUAAAGUACAGGAUAUAGAACUGAUCUUUCUUAUUCUUUCUGCAUUUGUAAUAGCAGGAAGGUAAAUCUUUAAGAAACAAGAAAUGUUCAGAACACAGGGAACUGGAGUGAAUUACUGUUAAUAGAAUUUUUUUGUUUCCAGUAAAGAAUUAUUAUUACCUCUUUUACAGCCAAGUAAUUCUAGAUCAUUGGUUCAAAAUUGUUCUCCUGGGAUGGUUUUAACCAUUAUCACUUUUAGAUGAGAAUUUUGAUCUGAAAUGGACCAAUGUCUAAGUGGAAAAGUGUUCAGCAGGUAUGGUUUUAAUGUUUUUUUUAUUAUUAUGAAUGAGUUUUUUCCUUAAAGUUUACUCAUCUGAAGACAUCUCUUAUAGAUUCCAUUACCAGAAGUGCCAGAAUAUGAUCUAUAGAUGUGGAACAUUUUUAAACUAGCCUUUGAGGGUAACACUGUUUACAUGAUACAUGUAAACAUUUUGCAGCCAGGAUUUCCAUAGCACACUACUUGUUUCCUCAGUGUUACUCUUUCAGGAGUUUACUUUAUAUCAGUGUUUAUUUAAAAGUUGGUAACUGUCAACAUGAUCAAAGAGAUGGGGUGGAGAGAGGACUAAAUAAUUUUUCAUGAUUUCAUAAUCUGUAUAUUUGUUUGUAAGUAAUUAUUCAGCUGCAGUGUUGUCUGUCAAAAUCACGUGUGCAUUAAAAAUAUAUACAUAUGAAGUGACAUGUCCUUCUUAAAAAUUAGCUUUAAUGUAAGUUUAAUAUAAUAUUCUGUUACUAUAUAAGGGUCUUUGCAGUAAAAUUCAUACCAGAAGGGGCUCCCUCUAAAUCUGGAUCUCCUUCCUCCUCUGACCUAUAAAAAGAGCUCUCAGUGGGGUUGGGAUCUGUGCAGGGUAAGGAAGCAGAAUGUGGGCUGCUCUCCUGGGUGGGUUGGAAACAGCCCUUCUCCAGCCUUGCAGAAAUACAGGUUAAAAAGUAAUACAGCCUCCAAGGGGUUCCUAGAGCAUCUGUGACCAGCUGUAAUCUCUGGAGCAGCUCCCUCACUCCAGGGAGGAAGGGGUAGAGGUGGUAGGCAUCCAUGUGCAUACAUGGGCAUUGUGUGUGAUCACUAAGGUCUGUUUUAUGUGCAGAGGCAAAUCCCCACGUGCCUGCCACAACAAUUUGAGAGGGGAUCAUUGUGGAGUUCCCACCAACACCACCUACUGCAGUUUCUAUGGUAGGAUAAAACUGUCUGGGCUCUCAUUAAAUUAUUAUUCCUGACUUGUGUUUGAUGAGCACUCUGCAAGCUUUAUACAUGAGGGAAAAUAGCUUCUUUUCAAAGCCCUGUGGUUCAACUGCUACGAUGUUACAAUGCAAAUGUGAGAUUCUUUCGGGGGAAACAACAACUCAAGAGUGAGACUGUAACACUAGGAAUUGUCAAUUACAUUGAUUCUUUUGAUCAGCAUAAACUUGCUGGCCACUUGACUGCACUCUAACAUGUGUGAGACUUGUAUUUUGUUUUUAAUGUAAGAACACAAUCCUUUAUAUUGUACCAGCAACUGCUUGUUGUUGCCUACUUCCUGUUAAUUAUGGCCCCAAUCUUGGGAUGCACAGACAUACCCUUGCACCCAGACAGACACCAACUUCAGUGGGAUUCUGGAUGGGCCUGAGUGUCCCCCCAUUUGGUCCAGGAUCUCUAAGUCAGAAUGAAUUUCCCCACAGGUGUGUAGAUAAUUUGUAUGAAUUAAAAUUACUGGACACUCAAGUCUAUUUAACAAAAUAUAUUCAUUAAAAAAUAGGCUAAAAUAAGUAAACUAUACAGCUGCUGGUGCAUAAGUCUACAUAGCUUUUGAACCCAAAUCGUGUAACUGAAAUAUUUUAUUGUAACUUAGAAAUCUUUCUCCAGAGACAGAUGGAAUUUGCAUUUUUAUUAAGAAAAUUGCAAACUUAAAUGUCGAGUUCCACUCAUUUUGUAGUUGUAGACCAGGUGCAGCUACUUUGCUGCUAAUGCUGAUUUAGAAUUUUUAUUCAGACAUGUCUUAUGAAGAUCAGUAUUGGACCAUUGAAGUGGUCCGAUACUGUCAAUACCAAUGUUAGGGCAUCACUUGAGUAUUAGGUGUUAAACAAUGAAAACUAGUCAUGUCUCCACUAUAAAUAAAGUGGUAGAUUUUUUUUUCAGGUGUCUUUUUUGAAGUUUGUCUAGACAAAAAUCAAAUGCUGACAGCUAGGGUGAAUGAAGAACAUGGGAUAUGUCUAUCAGGGCUUGUUUUAGAGCAUGGCUCUAUUUAAUGCAGCACACUAUUUUGAAUGGCUGUCUUUUACUCCAUAAUGUGUUCAAGACAGCAAUAUCAUGCUCUCCCUUCCUAAUGGUCAGUGUAAUAUGUGUGGGUUAAAAAUCUUUUUGUAGCUUUUUUAUUUUAUCCAUCUCAACCCACAGUUAGGGUAUUAAAUUAGUCCCACUAGUUUAGGAGGAAGCUUCUGUCGGCCAACUAACCACUUAGGUACAAGCCAUCCCAUUGCAUAAACUAACUGGUGUUAGGCUGCAAAAUACAGAAUUUUGGCAGAUAUUAGGAGUGAAAGCUACUGCAGCUCCCAUUUGGAAAGUAGUAGCUGAGGCUCUAGGUUACAGUAAUACUGUGUAUGAAAUAAAUGAUAAACUGCAUAACAGAAGAGAAUGAAUUGCUGACAGGAAGAAACAAUGGACCCAACUUUGCUCUGUUACAUAAGAAUGUUGCCACUGAUUCUAUAUAGCUAGUCUACAGCUGUAAGUGAGAUCAGACUUUGGCCCAUCAUCUCACUGCUUCAGCUAUGAGCCCAAUAUGGUGUUUUGCAUGCAACACACCUAACUAGGUACCAAAUGGAUUGAGGCUGUGACUUGCUGCUUUAGAUUAUCAUCUCUAGGAAGCAUUUAUAAUAUACAGGACAAUUUCACAGGUGGGGGUGGAAAUUCUCACUUUACAGACUGAUGCUCUCCCCUUGCUUCUUGCUCUUAGUACAGUCUUGAAGGAAGUUGGAGAACACCAGAGUGCACAUUAGGUAUGUCUUUAACUCCCUGUUAUGGCAUUCCCCCCCCCCUUACGGCUGGUAGCAAAACACCCUACAAGCUGUCAGAAAAAUCAGCUUCCAAGAGCUCUAUUUCAAACCAAUUUGGAUAUUCUGUCUUAGUUGUUCUGGAACACUGGUCACUAAGUAUGCAUUGCUGAGAAGUGUAUAUAUAACUAGUGAUGUUGCACAAAUCCUGGAGGAGCUUGUUGCUUUUGUUUGUAUUCUGUAAACAGUAUUAUGUAUUUUUGUAUCAUGUUAACUUGCUGCUGGAAAAAAAUUAAACUCAUUUGGCUUA